UACAAGACUCUAAGUGAUACUUCAUUAUCAAUCAAUUUUUUUAUUUAAAUUGUAGUUAUUUAUUAAUCAAGUACAAUAUUUCAAGUGAUUCUUUGCAAAAAUCAAAUUUUGUUUGUUCAAUCAAUCAAUCGUUUCAAUAUCAAAGAUGAAUAAAAUAGAUCCAACACUAUCAAUACCCGCAUUUUUUGCGGGAAGAAGUAUCUUUAUAACAGGAUCAACAGGAUUUAUGGGAAAAAUAUUGGUUGAAAAAUUGUUACGAUCAUGUCCUGAUAUUCGUGAAAUUUUUCUGUUAUUAAGACCGAAAAAGGGAAUGUCAAUUGAUGAUAGAUUACGUAAGAUGAUUUCACAACAACCUUUCACUAAAUUGAAAGAAGAAAAACCAGAGGUUUUUGAUAAACUGAUCCCUGUAGUUGGUGAUACCACGAAAGAAGGUCUAGGUCUACCAGACAUGGAACGACGAGUCUUAAUUGAUCGAGUUUCUAUUAUUUAUCAUAACGCCGCUAGUGUUAGGUUUGAUGAUAGCUUGAAAGCUGCUAUCUUCACCAACACUAGGUCUGCCAGAGAUAUGUGCAUAUUAGCUGCUCAAAUGAAAAAAUUGGUGGCUUUUGUGCAUGUUAGCACUACUUAUUGUCAAGCAGACAAACCUGUAGUGGAAGAAAAAAUGUAUCAAGCAGAUGUUGAUUGGAAGAAGGCCAUAAAAAUAGUAGAGACUGUAGAUGAGAAUGUAUUAAAAGCUUUGACACCAAAAUUCAUAGGAAACUUCCCAAACACAUAUACAUUUUCUAAACGGUUAGCAGAACAAGUGAUCUCUGAUUAUUCUCAUGUAUUUCCUUGUGUCGUUUUCCGACCAUCUAUAGUGAUAUCAACAAUAUCAGAACCAAUCAGGGGUUGGUUGGAUAAUUUCAAUGGUCCAGUAGGAAUGCUAAUUGGUGGAGGCAAAGGAAUAUUAAGAACUGCAUUUGGAAAUGCUCAGCUGAUUGCUGAUUAUAUUCCUGUUGAUGUUGCUAUCAAAGCUAUGAUUAUUACCACCUGGAAACGUGGAAUAACAACAAUAACUCGAGAUCCUUCAAUCCAUGUUUAUAACUGCUCUUCGGCAGACAUGAAAUGUAUUUCUUUGGAUGAUUUGAAAUCAUGUGCACUAGUCAUUCAUGAAGAUGUACCACUGGAGGGAGUUCUUUGGGCACCACGAACUCUAUAUACUCAAAGUGAAAUUGUCUAUUUUAUCAAUGUUUUAUUAUUUCAUCUUCUACCUGCUCUAAUUGUUGAUACAAUUCUCAUAUUCAGUAACAGAAAACCAAUGCUGACUAAACUGCAACGAAAAGUCUAUAUUGCUAACAAAGCUCUGGCAUAUUUUCUAAUCAACGCAUGGCAAUUUAAUAAUACCAAUUUAUUAAAACUUACAACUGAAAUCCCACCGGCUGAUAGAGAUACUUUUAAAUUUGAAUAUGCUGACAUGGAUGUGAGAGAAUAUUUCAAGUACUGUUUAUUGGGAGCAAAAAAAUUUUUAUUAAAUGAAGAUAUUGAAAAUUUGGAACCAGCAAAAAAACAUCUUCAAAGAAUGAUAUGGAUCGACAGAGCGUUCCAAGUAUUACUUGCUCUUUUCCUUAUGUUGAUAAGUUACCAGUAUGGAUUUAUUUCUUAUAUAUUUCACAUCUUUGACAAACUAAUGAAUGUCUUUAUAAUAUCAUAAUUACUCUAAAAAAUUACCUAAAUAAAGUGUUACAUAUGAUACUACUCAUUUCUUGGAGAACUUAGGUACUUAAAACAUACGUUUAGAUAUUCGUGCUUUGAAAUUUAAUUAACUCAAUUGCAAUAUGAGUGUUAUUCAAUAUCAGACACUGAAUCUGAAAGUAUCUAAAUUAAUCAUAGAAUUUGAAAAUCUAAUUAAAUACAAAUACCACAACAAGAUGAUUAUCUAAGAAUUUUUUAAUGGUUGGUGUAUAAUAAAAAUCUUUA